GAAGAUUUUACAGGAUUUGACCUGGUACAUACGUUGGAUGUAAAUAUGCAGCUGUUAACUUCAAUUCUUUUCGGUCUUCUGCUCGUGCCAGCGUUGGUGGUAAUAGAAGCAGCCAGUCAUUGCAGUCGAUAUUACUUGGAGGGAAGCAAUGAGGCACUGAAAUUCCAGGAGGACAAAGUGUUUAAAUACUAUUACCUGCUUGAUCCGCAAUCCACGGGUGAUCCUAGUCGUCCUUCCUACAAAAGAGAGUUUUUAUACAGGGAUAUAUUUGUGUUCUUUUUGGAGGGCAAAGGACAGUGGCUAGUUGGUAAAACUCUUGGGGGAAAUAAUGCUGGAAUUUAUGUGACUGACACAGCGCAGGAACCCCAUUUGGUGACCAAUACUUGGAAGUAUUACAAUGGCACGGAUUUUGUUAAAGAUCCUUCUUUGAAAUUCACAUGUGUUGCAGAAUCUAGUACAACGUCAAACGCACCGCGACGAGACACUUCAACCACAACCAGUGUUCCGCAACCUCAAACUGUGGUGCCGGCAUCGAACCAGAGCAGACAAAAUUACACAAGCAAUGGGACUGUAAGGGAGUUGGAAGAGAAAAUCGCGGCAAUGCGAACAGCUACAAUAGCAGCUGCUGUAAUCCCUUCUGUUCUUUUAAUCAUCGUUUGUGCCGUUGUGGGAUUGUGCUACUGGCGUGAUCGUCGAAGGAGAAGAAGGAACGAAACUCCAGUUUGCAGCAUUGCGAAGAAACGACCAUCAGAAGCGAAUGUCUACACUGGCCUUGAGAAAAGCGACAUGAAAAAUGACGAACAGGGACACUACAGAGUUUUAUCACAGUUUUCAGUCUCUGAAAAUAACAAAAGUGACGAUGAAAAAAUUUCACCAAAGGAUCCCAAACCUAAGAGGAAAACGAGACGUAAGGAAAAACAGACAACAGCGGACAAAGACGAACAAGAACAGCAGCAAAAACUGCCAUUGAAACUUCAAGAAAUACUGGAUGAAACAUCACAACCACAUCACGUUGUCACAGUUGACGACAACGAUGAAGGAGCAUAUGAAGAAAUGAAUCCAUAUGAAGGGGGUUAUUUAGAACCGAUGUCUACGGUCAAAAGUCACAUAAGAAAGUUCGAAAACGUUUAACAUGACAAACAGUUGAUCGUUUGAUCGUUUGGAAUUUAUUCAGUCGCAGACAGCAAAAAGACGGCCAAAGGGUAGUAAGGCUUCUUAACUCGCUGCUCUGGCUAACAGCACAUGUCUACAUUGCUUGCACAUUCUAUACUGAGAAUAUUAUUUUCUCGUGAAUAAGAU